AUGAGUUUUGAAGAAGCUGAUCUAGAUUUGAUCACUGACGCUUGCUUCGAGACUAAAGCAAGAGACAUGUCACUAGAAGAUUGUCCCUUCUGUGAUAAAUGCCCUUCGAUGGAUUUUCCACCUGAGCAUUGGAUUCAGCAUGUCGCUCAACAUCUGUUCAAAUUUGCUCGUAUAUCACUCCAAGGCUACCUUGAGGAAGAUGAUGAAGAGUCAGAUAUUUCUGGGUCCCAGAGUGAGAAGGGGUCAACCUCACAUCAAUUUAUCUCGCCCACCAUCACAGAUGGACUACUGGACCAGUCCUUUGAAAAUGAAGAUUAUGAAGCCGACCACCUCAAUCGCUUAGAUUCAAAGUACGAAACUCUUGACACCGGUCAUGUUGUGUGGUCUGAUUAUUUUGGAUUACUGCAAGAGCCAAAGGGUAGUCUUCCGACUGACCCAAUACUUCAAGUGUUCAUCGCGCGAGCGGAGGAGCUCGGCAAAAAUCAAGGCUCAAGCAGAAUAAUUGCCGAGGGGUCUUCAAGCUUCUCGGUAAGACAGCCAGUUCCUUUGGUGCAAGACUGGCCCAUGUUCUCUCAAACUCUACGAAAAGUCAUUACCACAGAGAUUGUUUAUUUGCACAAAAUAGAAAUUUUUCAAAGCAUCUACCAGACCAGGCUAUCUCAAUCUACAAAUGAGCCUCCGCGUUUAAGAAAAUUCAUCAGCGAUGUCUUGAAGAACCUGGAUGAUGUGAAAAUGGUCAACGAAACCAACAUGCUCUUGCCUCUCCGGAAUCGCCAGGAGAUGCAGCAAGCUUCUGUUGUCGAGAUUGCUGAGAUCUUCCUGACAUGGAACUCUAUGGCAAACUCAAUUUAUACUGAUUACAUAUUACGAUUUCCACGCGCGAUUCAUGUCGUCCGAAGCGAAGCUGACAGAAAUUCCGAUUUUCGUGCAUUUUUGGACAAGAUCCACUGGACUCACGAUUUUGACGCCUAUCUUGAUUUGCCGCUAGCUAGAAUGCAAGAGUAUAAGUCACUGCUUUCAACAUUCAGUCCAAUCCCCUUUGAAAAUGAUUAUCAAAAGAGCAGAGUUGUUUCAGCUGUGAAGGCGGUUAAUCUUGCGGUACUUCAAUAUGAGAACAGUAUGAAGCAAGCUAGAAUGAUUUUCGGUCUGCUAGAAGAAUUUGGAGGAGAGAUCCCAGAAGAACUCCGCUUUAUUCUCGUGAGUCUAGUGAGGCAAAGCUUGAUUUACAAGACUCGGCGAGGCUCGCUGACAUCUUCCAGACUCAAGAUUCCAUCGAGAAAAUGGCUUUAG